GGGACUGGUGUCCAGAAACAAAUAUCAAGCAGAGUAGGCUCGAAUCUGGUCAUGGUCAGAUUUUGUUGCUGAACGUUGACCAGCAACCGCUGCGGGUUGUUCUACAACGAGAUUCCGCAAAAUUUUCGAUAACUCACUUUCAGCUAUGUAUCUACCAUAAUCGGGCUAGAGAUCUGAGACAAUUCCAUCGUACUGAAGUAUCGACUCAGUAUGAAAUUGUGUGGAUUCAGCGGUCUUCAUCUGGGCGCAAUUGACAUCAAACUUACAGAUAUUGGGCAACAGCUACAACAAAAAUUAUGGGUUUGUAGCGUAUGCAAGUGGUACUGUUCAAAUAUGAACGUCGUUCAAUGUGGGCAUACCUUUUGCGACCGCUGUCUAUUCAAAUGGACCACGGAAACUGACGGAAAGCAAGAGUCAUUGGCUUUAUGCUUAAUCUGCUGGACGACUUCCUGUAUUAUCAAGGUAACGAAUGAAGAUGAACUAAUCGCUGAACUCGAGGGCCUCUGUCCGAUGUGCACGAAGACCAAUAAGAUUAAAGAUCUGAAAGAUCACGUGAAAAAUUGCAAAACCGAUAACGAAGUCGUUCCUCAGCUGACCUCAGAGGCUCCCACCACUUCAAAAUCGCUUUCUCGAAACUCAACCUCGCAGACUUCAGACGGCGACUUGGAACACGUCCUUGCGUCAAAGAAGCUGCAAAGACCCAUCCAAAAAAACCUCGAUCAAAACGCGGUACUUUUUGAUACCUGGCGUCUUGUUUUGGUAAGGCAUAUUAAGCGAGGUGAGUAUAGAACAGCGAAGCAAACUUCCGGAGCAAUCGAUUUUUUUUUUUUGGCCUAUCGCGGUAAAUCAGAUCUUUUUUUGCUGCUUAAGCUCCGAAACAAGACAGGGCAAGAAAACCAGGCUCGACUAUUUAUUAAGGUGUCGGUGACAAUGGAAGCGAAAUACAUAAAAAUACAAAAAAGUACUAUAAUAAACCCUAUACAUGCAAUUAACAAAUUUGCAUAUCACCCCUUUAGUAUAAAAAACUUCUUUGCCAAGUACACCAGACGAGCUAAUAAGAUCUUGGAGGUGAGCUUCGAAAAUCCGUAUGUGUAAAAUUAGAUCACUGUCGAACAGAAAGCCAAA